AGCAUCCUUGGCAGAAAUAUGCAAAUGAGGCAUUAUCAGCGCUCCUCAGCGUCGAUGGAGAAUGUUUACAUAAAAACAGAAAGUGUUCAUGACGAAAGUUCAUCGGAAUUAGAAUACCCAGUUAGUGAACAUGUUGAUGAGCUGAGCCAUCAUGUGGCACAGUCUGCGGAAUCGGCUCACAACACCAAAAGUCAAAUUGCACUACCGAAACUGGAAAUGUCAAGUACAGUCUCUGAACCUUCCGAGUUUCAAAUCAAUGAAACUCUAACGGAAAGCCAGACAUUUACGGGGGUAGGAAUACAAAGAGACGGUGCUACCGUGUAUGGAGAGCACGUAGCGAAUAAACUAAGAACUUAUGAUGCAUUCACUCGAGCAGAGGUGGAACACAAAAUUAACUGCAUUCUCCACGAAGCCGAUAUGCACGUGCUUUAUCAAUCACCGGGGUAGUUUACUCAAUUGGCAACAUAUUUUCUUCAUUUGGUUAUCUUUGGUGAGUUUAGUCUCUUCUGGAUGUUCAUUACUAAUCUCCACCGCUAACAGCAAAUCUUAAACGCUUUGUUAACUACUUUCUUCAGAAACGCGCUCAAUUAAGUUUAUUAUUAAUGUCCAAUUAAGUUAGAAAACGUAGAGUGCAAGAAGUUAUAUUAAGUAAGUACGAGUAAC